AUGGCAGAGCAGCUCGCUCCCAUUCCCUUCUUCCUGCAGCAGCAGUCUGGCCCGGUAGGACAAGGGGCAAGCAAUCCUGCACCCAUUGGCCUGAGCGUCCCUCAGGAGCAGCAGCAGCAGCCACUGGUCUUGCAGCCCUCUGGAUCAGCUUCAGCACAAGCAGGCCCCUCUGCACCAGCAAGCACGACGGCUCAGCCUUCAGCCGGCUUCUUCUCCCAAUUCGAUCCUCAGAGUCUCCGUCCAGUCUCUGCAUCCAAUGGAAGUGCCAAUGACAGACCGGCCAGAAGGAAUGGCCCCAGCGGCGGCAGACCGCGCCCACACGAAAAAGCCGAUCACAUUGAGGAUGAGACCAUGUCACGCUUGGAUUCGGCCGCCGGCAGAGCACGCCCAAAGGCAGGACAGGGCAGAGAUAAGCGAAGCAAGGGCAAAGGCCGCGCCAGAGACGAGCUCGCCCUAGAUGACACGCCCUCCCGAGACACGCGUCGACAGGAUCGCAAGUCUUCCAACUCGACGCCGUACGAACGCAACCGGAACCGCUCGGCCAGGGGUCAGAAGGCAUCCGUAUCCAUCAAAGGGCUUGCUGCAAAGGCCAUCGAAGAAGCAGGCGAGCCACGAUCCAGCUCAGCAGGCACGAAGCCCUCGAGCAUCCAGGUUCUCCAUGAUUUUAUCGAGCAACGCUGGAACCCUUCUGCUGCCCUUCUUGAUCUCUCCGGCAUGAUACGCGACCCCAUAUGGAGACUCAAAGGGAUCAAACCGCCGGGCACGCGAGACGCGCCCAAGGCCAUUGCUGGCGCUCUCUGGAAGUCUGUCUCUCAGACUUAUCCUCAACAGAUCGUCAGCCUCUCGCUGGCAAAUAACGAUCUCGAGAAUCUCCGUGAUCUGUCGCCCUCCUUGUUGGUCCAAUAUCUGCCUCAUCUCCAUAAUCUGUCGCUUGCCGACAACAAAAUUGCGCGCACAAGUCCAAUGAAUCCCAUAGGCAGCUCGAAUCGUCAUAGCGGCGGUCUCAAGCAACUAGAAGCGCUCGUCCUCACCGGCAAUCCCAUCACGAGCAAUUAUGCCGGACGUCAGAGAGACUAUCAGAGCAGGGAUGUCGCGAAGCUGUUCCCGGCGCUUACCUCGCUAGACAUGCUGCCCAUCGACAGAGGGAGCCUGCUCACCGAGAAGGAGACCCGCUUCCCCUAUGGAAUGCAGCCAGGCUUUGCAGACUCGGAAGGAGGCCGCUCCCUGGUGGCAGCCUUCCUCGCAAAAUUCUUCGAAAGCCUGGACAAGUCCAGAGAGAAUCUUCAUGCAGCCUAUGCACCAUCGGCGUCAUUCUCUUACGCGCUCAACAGUAUGCCGCCGCAGCGUAUGGUCCACGAGAAGCGUUCAUUUAGCUCAGGCAACAAGGCGAAAGCAUACCAGAACCGUCUCGACUUCCGGCGCUACAUCACUAUCAAGGACCGCAACGAUGUCAAGGCUAGUGCACGUAAUCUCAACCGAGCGACGACCCCCGUCGUUCCAACGCUCCUUGUCGGUCCAGACGACAUUGUCGCGGCUCUCAAGGCGAUGCCAGGAACAUCACAUCCUCUUGCACGCGCUGCGGAGUUCGUUUUUGACGUCUGGACCCAGCCUGAUGCCCAUGCGGAAGGCGAGGUGCUCUUCGUUACCGUGCACGGUAUGUUUGAAGAAGCUGGCACAUCGGCUCGCGUUUCUUUCGAUCGCGCCUUUAUCUUGGCGCCUGCAGCUCCCGACACCAUCGCACACGCCGCAGGCUGGCCAUGCUUGAUCAUCUCUGAUCAGCUUACGCUUCGAGGACAUUCGCAUGCCUCCGCUUGGGAGCCUGGAUGUCUGGCGAUAGCGAACCUCGCUGCAGAAGCGCCGCCUGCUGCUAUUACGCCGCAGCAAGAGGCAAUGGUUGCCGAGUUCUCGCGUCUCACGCGCCUCAAGUCACAAUUCGCAUUCGACUGCCUCGCCCUGAACGAAUGGGAUCCUACACGGUCCAUGACGAACUUUGAGCAGCUUCGACCUACCAUCCCGGCAGAGGCUUUCGACUGA